CAAAGUUAAUCUAUUAACAAUUAAAAAAUACUUCUACAGUUUUGUAUAAUUUUUGACUGAAUUUGUUGAUUUAAAAUUAACAUGGAAAAAUGGCAAGAUAAUGAAGAAAUUAAACUGUUUCGGGAAUAUUUAAGAAUUUCUAGUGUUCAUCCGAAUGUGGAUUAUGAACCAUGCAUCCAGUUUCUUAUCCGACAAGCCCAAUCUCUACAACUGCAAUAUAAAAUUUAUCAUGUUGGUGGUAAUUUAAAAACACCACUAUUUAUUGCCUCUUGGAUUGGUACUAAUCCAGAAUUGCCUUCGAUAUUGGUAAAUUCUCACAUGGAUGUUGUACCCGUUUACGAAGACAAAUGGACACAUGCUCCGUUUGCGGCCGACAUCGAUGAUGAGGGAAGAAUAUUUGCCAGAGGUGCACAGGAUUGCAAAUGUAUUGGUAUGCAAUAUUUUGGAGCAAUACGUGCCUUAAAAAGAUCAAAUACACAAAUUAAACGAACUCUUCAUGUAAUGUUUGUACCUGACGAGGAGAUCGGUGGAGUAUAUGGCAUGGAAACCUUUAGUAAAACCCAAGAAUUUCGCAAUUUAAAUGUAGGCUUCGCUUUAGAUGAAGGUUCCGCAACUGAUGAUGAUAAAUUUCUUGUUCAUUAUGCGGAAAGAGGCAUAUGGCAAAUCAAUUUUAAAUUCAAUGGAUCUGCUGGACAUGGAUCUUUGUUUUUAAAAAAUACACCCGGAGAAAAACUUAUAAAUUUUUUGAAUAAUGUCGCAAAUUAUCGCUCGUCACAAGUAAAACUUUUAGAAUCUAAUAAGAAAUUAAAAAUGGGUGAUGUAACUAGUAUUAAUCUGACCAUGAUCAAAGGGGGCGUACAAUCUAAUGUAGUACCCACACAAUUAGAGGCUUGUUUUGAUAUGCGCAUUGCAGUCGAUGUUGACCUUAAAGAAUUCGAAAAGCUUUUGCAAAAUUGGUGCACUGAAGCUGGUGGCGAUAUAGAAUGGCAAUGGGUUUUUAGAUGUGAUACUGCUCCACCCACUAAAAUUGAUCAAAGCAAUCCCUAUUGGUGUGCUAUACAAAAAGUUUUCAAUGAAAUGAAUCUAAAUUUGGAAGCUCAUGUUUUCACGGGUGGCACUGAUAGUCAAUUUUUGCGUAAUAUUGGUAUUCCCUCUCUCGGUUUUUCUCCCAUGAACAAUACUCCAACAUUGAUGCAUGAUCAUGAUGAAUAUCUUAAGGCAGAUGUUUAUUUGCGUGGCAUUGAAAUUUAUGUAAAUAUUUUAAAGGAAUUGUUAAAUUUAUAAAAAAUGGAAUAAAUUUGUUUGCAAAUUUCAAACUCCACUAUCGAAA